ACAUCAUCUUAAAAUCUCUACGAUACGAACAUGUCUGCUAUUGCAACUCCAACUCUGAAUUCCCAGGAAGCUGAUCUUCUAUCUCGAUCUGUCAAACGCAUCAAAGGCGACAGCAACUCCUCUAUUGCUGAGGAGUAUCAAUUAUUUGAAGCUCCUCAAAAACAGCUGUCAUACAGAGAUAUGGUUUAUUCAUCUGAACCUACUGCUAUCCUUUGCGAUAGUUCCAACAGGGAUGAAGCUCUGGAAGAAGACUCAGAUAUGGAGGAUGAUGGGACUAUACCCACUAUCCUCAUAUCUAGAGAAGAAAAGAAAAGAAUCUGCAUGCCUUGGCUUAACUCUCUCAUAAUCAAGGCCUUCGGGACAGAUAAAGCUGGAUAUAAUUUUAUUUUUCCCAGAGUAAAGGCUCAAUGGAAGCCAAGAGGAAAAAUGGACUGUAUUGAUUUGGGUUUGGAUUUCUUUCUUAUCCGUUUCCAUGAGAAAGAGGAUCUUAACCGUGUUCUCCAUGGGGGACCAUGGUUUGUUGGUCCUCAUUUUCUCACAAUUAGAAGGUGGGAACCUUCUUUUGAUCCUGCUAAAGCCACUUUCAAGACCACAGCAAUAUGGGCAAGACUCCCACGCCUUCCUAUUGAGUACUAUGAUGUCCAAAUUCUUGAGAGAAUUGGGAAUAUGCUGGGUACCCCCCUUCGUCUUGACGCACAUACUGUUCAUCAAUCGAGAGGCCAGUAUGCUAGAAUUUGCAUUCAAGUUGACCUUGAUGAACCUCUAGUUCCUUUUGUCCGAAUCGGGAAGCAUAUUCAAAAAGUGCUUUAUGAAGGACCUGCUGCUCUGUGUUAUGCGUGUGGGUGUGUUGGGCAUAAAGAAGAUAAGUGCCCUCUCAAAAUCCCCCACCCGAUGGUUGUCUCUGAGGAUCAAAUUAUUGAAUCCCAAAACUCACAAGGCCCUGUUGAAGGAAACAAAUCCACUGUUUCGGAUAAGAUUUCACUUUCUAUUCCUCCAACACGUGGGAAGACUCCUCCCUCUAAAAGAUCUACUGCCCAAACAACAAACCCACAAAAUGUCAAGAAUAAUCCCCCAGCGAGAUCAACUUCCCCCCGUGCAGUAUCGGAUCAUGGAUCCAGUCACAUUCACCAAGAUCAGCCAUAUGUGGGAGGUUUUGCUGAUCGACGAGAACAACAAGUUUAUUUCACUAGAAGAGGCUCUAACGCUGGUUUCAAGCAAAAAUCCACAUCCGAUCAAGGAUUGGACGUUAGAGACUCUUCAAAGUUGUUGGCUCAAGCCCAUUCUGGUGAUGAAAGGAGUGGAUCCCACCCCUUUUCUUCCUCCUCCAAAGGGUGGGAUUCCACUGCCGUCGGAGCACCUGUCUCCAGAAUCAUGUUUCAUUCAGAGGGUAGUCUGGACAUCCUUGAUGGAGAUAAUAAGAUGGGACGGUUGGUCGGAACCAAUAGCUCCGAAGUUGCUCACAACGCAGGUGCAACACCCAUUCCUAUGUCUAUUCAGGAUGAUAGGAUGCAUGAGGACUGUGCACCUUAUAGUCAGGAAGGAGGAAAUACAGAGCUCCCAGUUCUAAUACAAGCAGAUUGUGCUGCCGUACUACUUCCCAGGACUCAACAUGAUGGUUUUGAACAAGGAGGGCCAGCUAGUGUGGCUCCAAGAACUUGCCAGGUGGAUGAUGACCACCUUCAAGCCAGUGAGGUUGCUGAAGCUUUAGGAUUUUCCAAGAAAGUUAUCGUUGAUGCUGAUGGUCUGGCUGGAGGCAUCUGGCUUCUGUGGGACGACAGGAAAUUCUGUGUGGAUAUUCUGAACAUGAGCCCGCAAGUCAUUCAUGCCAACGUCCAGCAUCCUUAUUACAUCUUCCUCGCGCUUCACUCUGAUCACUGUCCUAUUCUCCUAAGCCUUGAUCAACCAUAUCCAUCCUUAAAUAGGAGACCUUUUAGACUUGAAAAGUUUUGGCUAGAGCACGAAUCUUUUAAAGAUCUUGUUGUUUCUAGUUGGACCUUUGCCAAUUUAUCUAUUGCGGAAUGCUCAGUUGCUUUCCAAAACAUUGUGAAACUUUGGAGUAGAACUACCUUUGACAACCUCCAUAAAAAGAAGAAAGAGCUUAUCGCUCGAUUGGGAGGUAUUCAACGUUUCUUGCAAGCCAAAGAUAGCUCCUUUCGUAUUGAUCUAGAGAAAUCUCUCACUAAAGAGUAUCAAGAUAUUUUAAAGUAUGAAGAGGACAUGUGGUUUAUGAAAUCUCGUGUCCAGUGGAUUCAAAAUGGUGACAGGAACUCUAGAUUUUUCCAUGUCUCUACCUUGAAACGCAGAUCUAAUAACCGUAUUCUAGGUCUAAAGGAUGGUUCUGGCUCUUGGACUUCGGAUCCUUCUUCUCUUGAGAGUAUAGUGUCCUCUCACUUCAAGGGCCUGUAUACCACUUCACUUGCUCAUUCUUUCCAUGACUCAUUCAUUAAUGUUCAUAGUGGUCCUAUUGUGGAUCCUACUUCAUGGCAUAUGUUAAACAUCCCUCCUUUUGAUUCUGAGAUCAAACAAGCUAUCUUUUCCAUGAAACCUUUCAAGGCCCCUGGUCCUGAUGGACUCCAUGUGGCUUUUUUUCAGAAAUUUUGGUUUGUGGUUAAGAAUAAGCUUUGCAAUGAGAUUAGGAAUAUCUUUAAUUCGGGAGUUAUGCCUGAAUCUUGGAGUGCGAGUUUGAUUACUCUUAUUCCUAAAAUCAAUAAGCCAGAUUCUAUUUCUCAGUACAGGCCUAUUGGCCUUUGCAAUGUGUCUUACAAGGUUGUUACAAAAAUUAUUGUCCUUCGCCUUAAAAAGUUUAUAGGAGAUUUGAUAUCUCCUAUGCAAUCUAGUUUUAUACCAGGUCGCAAUGGCAUUGAUAAUGUUACUCUUCUUCGAGAAUUUGUUCAUUCCUUUCAUAAAAAAAAGGGGAACAAAGGUGACAUGAUUGUUAAACUGGAUUUGGAAAAGGCUUAUGAUCGCCUUGAAUGGAGCUUCAUAAAGGAGACCCUCACCUUUUUUAAUUUACCUCCUCUGAUGAUUAAGCUCAUUAUGUCCUGUAUCUCCUCAGCUUCCUUUUCUUGUAUUAUUAAUGGAGGAGUAACAGAGUCAUUCAAACCAUCUCGAGGCCUUAGGCAGGGGGAUCCUUUGUCCCCUUAUCUGUUUAUCCUUUGCCUGGAAUAUCUAUCCUUAAAUCUCCAUCAUGGUACCAAUUCAGGUCUCUGGAAAGGUUCGAAGUUGGGAAAAUCUGGUCCACUAUUCUCCCACCUAUUCUUUGCGGAUGACCUUAUCUUUAUUGGUAAAGCUACAACUUCUAAUGCUCUUUACCUCAAGCAAUUGCUGGAUUUCUUUUGUUUUCGCUCGGGGCAGAGUAUUAAUCAAGAGAAGUCUAAAGUAUUAUUUUCUGUCAAUGUUUAUUCAUCCACUAGACAGGAUAUUUGCCAAAUCCUUUGCUAUGUGGAAACUCUUUUUUUAGGAAAGUAUUUGGGCUUUCCUAUCUCCUCGAGAAAGAUCAAAAAAUUUGAUUGUGGCUUUAUUGUUGACAAAGUUAGAUCUAAGCUUACGGGAUGGAAGGCUAAUAUGCUCUCUCUAGCUGGGAGAGCUACUUUGGUCUCUUCUGUCCUUGCUUCUAUCCCUAAUUACUAUAUGCAAGGUAUGUUCCUUCCUGCAUCUAUCCAGAAUGAGCUUGAUGCUAUCUCUAGAAAUUUUAUUUGGGGUUCUACUUCUGCUAAGAAGAAAGCCAAUUUAGUUCCUGGGAUAGGAUUACUCAACCAAAAAAGGCCGCAUGACCUUAAUAUCACCUUGAAAGAUAUUUUACUUCCUAAUGGUAGAUGGAAUUUGGAUUAUGUUGCCUAUCCUUUACCUCAAGAUAUCAUUCAAAGAAUUGCUGCUACUCCUAUCCAGAGACAUAGUUAUGAGAAAGAUUCCUUUAUUUGGAAUUCAUCUUCGAACGACAAGUUCUCCAUGAAAUCUGCCUACUAUAUGGCCAAGAACAUUCAAUGGUCAAAUGAAGAUGAUUGGUCUUGGAUUUGGAAAGUCAGUACCAUCCCCAAAAUCCAAUAUUUCCUUUGGCUUCUUAUGCAUGGUAGAAUCCUUACUUUUGACACUCUUGCUCAGUGGGGAGUGGUUCAAAACAAUAGAUGCCCCAGGUGUAGCAAUGGACCUGAAACUUUGGAUCAUUUGUUUAGAGAAUGCCACUAUGCUUCGUCGUUUUGGGAUUCCAUUUCACCUUAUUCCAGCACCUCUCAUAACCAAAAUCUUGACUUUAAAAGUUGGAUUAAAUCCAACGUUUGCUGGAAGAACCCUAAUAAUAUUCCUUCUACAUGGCCUACUUUUUUUUCUUAUGCUAUCUGGUCCAUAUGGUAUUCUAGAAAUCAACUUGUGCAUGACAAAAGACAGAUCCCUAUUAUGGAACUUAAGCGCACUACCUUAGACAAAGCUCAGGAAUUCAUUGGAAACAACCUUAACUGUGCUGAACCUAAACCCAAGAACACCAUUUCUGUUGGUUGGGUUCCCCCCUCUUCUGGGUUUGUCAAACUUAAUAGUGAUGGAUCUGCCCUUGGAAAUCCAGGCAUGGCUGGAGCUGGGGGUCUUCUUCGGGAUCACUUAGGCAGGUGGAUUAUUGGGUUUUCACGGAAUAUUGGAUGGACUACUAGCAUUGCUGCUGAGUUAUGGGCCAUCAGAGAUGGUUUGGAAGUUGCUAUCUCCAAAGGGUUAUCUAAAAUUAUUGUUGAAAUCGACUCAAAAAUUGCUACUAUCCUUAUCGAGUCUGCUGAUAUUUCUCUUCACUCACUUGGCAUCCUUAUCUCUGAUUGCAGAUCACUUCUGGGACGUUUUGCUGAUGCUCAGAUAUCCCAUAUUUAUAGGGAAGCUAACACGGCUGCUGACUUCAUGGCUAAGCUUGGAACUUCCUCUGCCAUGAAUUUUGUUUUGUAUGAUGGGAGCCCUCCUGGGAUCUCUUCCUUUUUGUAUCAUGACUGUAUUGGGACUGUGUUCCCAAGAAUUGCUGUAGCCGUUUAAUCCUUAAUAUAUUUCAUAUCUCUAU